GAGGAGCCUGCAUCAAUGAAUAAAGGGAGCUGGGCUACAAGGCAGAACAUUGUGACCCACUGGAUGAACCAUGCUGCUGUCUCUGUGCCUGAUCCUCCUGGGGGCCAGCGCUGCUAAAGGACAAACAUGUACAGACAUUCCUGGCAAGCUGCAGCAAUUGGACGCUGGUGCUGGUGAGGUUUAUGGGGUCACAACGAGUGGAAGUAUUUACAAGUGGCAAAGGAAUGUUUGGGUCCAGGUUCCUGGAGAAAUGGCUCAUGUAAGUGUGGGACCAGCUGGAGUGUGGGCAACCAACAAAAGGAGUUCGGUUUACAAACUUCAAGACAACGACUGGAUGAGCGUAUCAGGACUCCUGAAGCAAAUAGAUGCUGGGGGUGAUAAAUACCUGGCUGGAGUGAACACAGAAGAAGUUGUUUACUGCCUUAACCGAUACGACACAAUUUCCGGUUCUCCAUAUACACACUUCACCACAAUACCAGGGAGACUUGUGUAUUAUAGCUGUGGGCGCCUGGGAUGCUGGGGUGUGAACAAUGCUUCAGAUAUCUACUUCCGCUACAAUGUCAAACCAACAGCUUGUGAAGGCAGCCAAUGGUGGAGGGUGGAAGGCAGUCUCACCAUGUUGGAAGUUGGAACAGAUGGAUCUGUGUUUGGCUUGAGCCCCGAUGGAAAAGUGUACAAAAGAGAGGGAAUCACCUAUAAGAAACCAACUGGAACCUCGUGGGUGAACCUUAAUUUCCUGCUACAAGUGAAACACGUGACUUAUGAUGCCGGAGCCUUGUGGUUACUCAGUCUCGAGGGGGACAUCUUAAAAUGUGAAAUACCAGGCACGGGCCUCUCAGAUUUGGUUUAAGAAUCCGAAGAACAUAAUUAUUAUACAGUCCUAUUGCUGUUUAUAGUAAAAUAGUCCAUGAAUGAUUUAUUCAGCCUGUAUUGUAGAAUAGAGACCUUGGUUGGGGGUUGGUAAUCAGGAGAAGGGGCUUAAAUACAAGAGUUGUCAUCAGAAACAGAUCCAUGUACAUAAAUAAUUAGAUCCCUCACCGCAGGAAGAAAACAAGAAUUUCAACUGUUAUACGCCAGGGCUGAUUUAGCAAAGAAGAGUGCAAGUACCAAGCCCCAUAGAGCCCAUACAGAAAUCAACUAUCCCAGUGCCCGUGGCAAAUUGCGUCUCACUUAUAUAUCAGCGAGACGCAAGGUGUAGAGCAGAACAGGCUGUAUGGGAUCCAUAAAGGAUAAGUAAACCUUUAAAAUAAAUGAAUGUAAAA